UCGCAGACGUUGUUCGUAUUACGUGUUUGUGAUUUUAAUAUAGUGUGUUAAAUAAUGCCUAAAACAAAAAAAAAUUACGUCAUUUUUAAGACUACUAAUAACAAGAUUAUUCCCAUCACUAGAUGACAGCACGCGUGUGCGUCGAACGCCUCAAAACGAUUCUAUAGAACGAAAUCUGUCCAAGCGAUCCGGCGUUGAUCAUAAUAAUAUACCCAACACAUUAUACCAGUGUUACCGUGUUUUUGCCGCCGAAACGUUGGCUACGUUAUCAAUAACAAUCGUAAACGGUCAUGCUAACAAGGAGCUUGUAUUUAGAUGAUGGUGCGCAUGGUUAACCAUUGUUAUUGAUCUCCGAACAGAUAAACGUUGUUUAUACCUCGUGCAUUCCGCGCGCUUGGUCCGUUUCGUUUCUACCAUUGUAUUUUGCUGUCGGAGACUCCAUGUGGCGUUCUGUCUAAAAAUCAACGCUUGAAUAUUUUCUCGGCUAUUAAACUUGCACACGCUAUUAGAUUUACUCAAGUAUUUAAAGCCUAGAACAAACGAUUUGAUUGAAUAUACUCCGGUUCACUUGAAUUUGCUAGUGGAAGUAAUACUUGAAGUAUUUUAAUGUCCAAACGAAAAUACACGAAGAAAAAAUCUUCUGGUAAAGAAUCUGGAACUUCAAAAAUUGUUACCUCUUCAAUAACAACAAUGACAUUGAAAAAGAUAGCUAAAAAGACUUCAAAGGGUUCAUCUGAUGCUACUCGACGACCAGCCAAAAAGAAAAACACAGGUAAUUCACCUUCAGGAUGUUUACUUUUUAAUAAUGUUUCAGAUGUUAAUCCAAGACCAAUCAUCUUAACCGAAGAAUUUAAACUUCGUACAUUACAUGACAUAGCAGCACUAAGGAGUGGUGUUCAUAAUAUGGCCUAUAAUAUUGAAAAUAUAGAGUAUAUAUUGAGAUAUAUACAAGGUAAAAUAGACGCAUUGAGCCGAGAGCUUUUACGAUAUGAGCAAUCAGGUUCAUUUGAAAACCUCUAAUGUCAACAUAUACUCAAGAUCAUAGAUCAUUUAAACAGGUAUGGAGAUCAACGAUUCUUCUAAUAUUAUGGCAGAAUUUCAUUUUUUAUUUACAUUUACAGUUGUAUUUUAAUUUACUGACUAUAGUACAAAAUAAUUUUAU